AUGGUCAAGGUGGUCUGCAGCGGCCAGGACCUGCCGCACCCGCCCGACGCCAGCCUGCUGCCCAACGCCACCGCCACGCUGCUUUUGAGUAACAACAAGAUAACGGUGCUGAAGAAUGGCUCUUUCUUCGGACUGCGCGCUCUCGAGAAGCUGGACCUAAAGAACAACUUGAUCAACACAAUCCAGCCUGGCGCGUUCCUGGGCCUCUCAGAACUGAAGCGACUAGACCUCUCCAAUAACCGCAUCGGCUGCCUCAGCGCUAGCGUCUUCCUGGGUCUCAUCAACCUCAUGCGGCUCAACGUGUCAGGGAACAUCUUCUCCACCCUCCAGCCGGGUGUCUUUGAUGAGCUGCCAUCCCUGAAACUCAUUGACUUUGCCACCGAGUACCUGACGUGCGACUGCAACCUGCGAUGGGUGCUACCCUGGGCCCGGAACCGCUCAGCCCAGAUCUCCGACAAGACCCUCUGCAUCUACCCCCGCCACCUGCAUGCCAAGCCGCUGCGGAGCACCAGGGAGGGGCAGCUGCGCUGCGCGGGUGCCCCUGAGCUGCACACCCACCACCUGAUCCCGUCACUGCGCCAGGUGGUGUUCCAGGGCGACCGCCUGCCCUUCCAGUGCACAGCCACCUACCUGGACAACAGCACCCAGAUCCUGUGGUACCACAACCGGGUGCUGGUGGAGGAGGAUGAGCAGACUGGCAUCAUCCUGGAGCAGAGCCUCAUCCAUGACUGCACCUUCAUCACCAGUGAGCUUAUCCUCUCCAACAUCCACAUCUCUGCCAACGGGGAGUGGGAGUGUGCCGUCUCCACUGCCCAGGGCAACGUCAGCAAGAAGGUGGAGAUCGUGGUGCUGGAGACCUCAGCCUCGUACUGCCCUGCUGAGCGGGUCACGAACAACCGUGGGGACUUCAGGUGGCCCCGCACUUUGGCUGGCAUCACUGCCUACCAGUCUUGCCUGCAGUACCCCUUCACCUCAGUGGCCGUGAGCGGGGGUCCAACGGCGGAGAAGCAGGCGUCGCGGCGCUGCGACCGUACGGGCCGCUGGGAGGAGGGCGACUACUCCAACUGCUUGUACACCAACGACAUCACCCGCGUGCUUUACACUUUUGUGCUGAUGCCCAUCAACGCCUCCAAUGCCCUGACUCUGGCUCACCAGCUGCGCGUGUACACGGCCGAAGCUGCCAACUUCUCUGACAUGAUGGAUGUCAUCUACGUGGCCCAGAUGAUCGAGAAGUUCAUCGGCUAUGUUGAUCAGAUAAAGCAGCUCACGGAUGUCAUUGUGGAGAUGGCCAGUAACAUGAUGCUGGUGGAUGACCACAUCCUGUGGAUGGCGCAGAUCGAGGACAAGGCCUGCACCAGCAUUGUCCGCUCUGUGGAGAAGAUUGCGGGCUACACGCUCAGCAGCAAUGCCCAACACAUGGCCGUGAACUCAAGGAACAUUGCCUUCGAGGCUUACCUGAUCAAGCCCGAGAGCUUCAUGGGGCUGAGCUGCACGGCGUUCCAGAAAAGAGAGGGCAGGCGGGCGCUGCUGCCAGAGCGGGGAGCCGAGCCUCUGGCAGACCAGCAGCUGCAGUUCAGGUGCACCACAGGCCGGCCCAACGUCUCCCUGGCCAGCUUCCACAUCAAGAACAGCAUCGCCCUAGCCUCCAUCCAGCUGCCACCCAGCCUGUUCUCGCCGUGGGCCCCGCUCCCGCCGCCCGCCGACUGCAAGCUCCAGUUCCUGGCUUUCCGUAACGGCAAGCUCUUCUGCAGCACCAGCAACUCCUCCCGCCUGGCGGACGACGGCAAGCGUCGCAGCGUGGCCACACCUGUGAUCUACGCUGGCACACAUGGCUGUGGAGCCAGCAACCUCACGGACCCCGUGACGGUCUCGCUGCGGCACUUCGGGGAGGGUGCCGACCCCGUAGCUGCCUACUGGAACUUCGAGGUGCUGGGGGGUUACGGGGGCUGGAGCGUGGAGGGCUGCCAGCUGGCCCGGCAGGAGCCCAACAUCACCACCCUGCGCUGCAGGCACAUGAACAACUUUGCGGUGCUAAUGGAACUUAACACCUUCCCCAGUGAGGCCCAGGGCACGCCGGAGGUGCUGCACCCUGUCAUCUACACCUGCACAGCCAUCCUGCUGCUCUGCUUGUUCACCACCAUCAUCACCUACAUCAUCAACCACAGUACCAUUCACAUCUCCCGGAAGUGCUGGCAUAUGCUCCUUAACCUCUGUUUCCACAUUGCCAUGACAUCCGCCGUGUUUGCAGGAGGCAUCACUCUGACCAACUACCUGAUCGUCUGCCAAGCGGUUGGCAUCAUUUUGCACUACUCUUCCUUAUCCACCCUGCUAUGGAUGGCUGUGAAGGCCAGAGUCAUCUACAAGGAGGUAACGUGGAAGGCACCCCAGCCACAGGAUGGGGAUGUGUCGCAGCCUGCCCCUCGGCCAAUGUUACGAUUCUACCUUAUUGCUGGCGGGAUCCCUCUCAUCAUCUGUGGCAUCACAGCGGCCGUCAACAUCCACAACUACCGGGAUAAUAACCCAUACUGCUGGUUGGUGUGGAGGCCAAGCCUGGGGGCUUUCUACGUUCCCGUAGCUUUCAUCCUGCUCAUCACCUGGAUCUACUUUCUCUGUGCCGGGAUCAAGCUGCAGUGCCAGUCUAAGAUCCAGAAAGACCCCCCUGAAGCCUUGGAGACAGCACCGAGGCUGGGAGGCAGCAGCAACCUCUUGACAGACUCAGGCUCCCUCUCGGUCACGCUCAACACAGGGAUGCCCAGCCCGGACGUGGACAGUGUCUACUCCUUGAAGGUGCAGUUCUGGGCUCUGGCAAUCACCCAUUCCCUGUACCUUGCUCUGUGGACAUUUGGAGCCAUGGCUGUGUCCCAAAGGUGGUACCUGAACAUCAUCUUCAGCUGCCUCUAUGGAGUCACAGCUGUGGCACUGGGGCUUUUUAUCUUUGUCCACCACUGUGCGCGGCGUCGGGACGUACUGAACUCCUGGUUCGCCUGCUGCCCAUCCUAUCGCAACGCGCUGCCCAUGCAGGCCUAUGUGCAUCCAGGCAUGGCCGUGGAGGAUGGCUCCCAGGUCUUCAUUGGGUGCAACCCUGAGGUGGCCCAUUCCAUCAAGUCCUCCUCCUCACCCAGCAGCACCAACUCCACGGUGGGCCACUGCAAGCUCACCAACCUGCAGGUGGCUCAGAGCCAGGCUGAGAGCUGCACCCCACGGCCGGCCAGCUAUGAGGAACCUGAGCCUGCCAACAACAAGAACGCCAGCGUGGCCAGGUACUCCAACAACAUGCACGGACGCCGGAAUCACAAAAGCCGAGCAAAGCAGUACCGGGAGGGCAAGCAUCACCGCUUGAAGGCACUGCGGGGACCGGCCCCUGACCACCUGUCCAGCGAGAGCGGGAGCCUGCACAACAGCCACUCGGAGAGCUACCACAGCAGCAGGAACAGCCCCCUGAAUAACAGCUGCCCUGGGGCCCAGGCAGGAGCAGGGCAGGAAGGGGAAGCUGCCCUGACGCAGUCAGAUGGGAGCGAUGGGAGUGGUAGCCACCAGGUUCCAGACUUUGGCCGGGCUCAGCGGAGAAGCACCAGCCGGGACAACCUCAAGCAAGCCAACACCAUGGAGAAGGAGACGAAGCGAAGGUCCUACCCGCUCAACGUGGCCAAUCAGAACGGGGGACUGAAGGGCAGCAAGUACGACAUCAACCUCACCAGCGCAGAGAGCAUGGCUGGCAUGAAGACUGGCCUCUGGAAGAGCGAAACGACUGUGUAG